GUACAAUGUAACAAGCGGUUGAUUUGUUUAAUAUUAGUAUUUAACUUUCAAUUUUUUUCGUACUUCUAUUAUUUGCAUAUAUCCCAACAUGGUAAAUGUUCAUUUGGGAUCAGAUCCCAGCAACGAACGUAUCAAAUGCAAUUUAGGAGGAGGCCUCAGUAGAAUACGAGAAGAAAUAACGGUCGAACCUGUUCUAGUAUUGUUUAUGUUAUCGUCCAGUAUUUCGGCUCUUGCAAUUGAAAAUUUGAAUUUAGAAAAAUCGUGUUACGUCAAUCUGAAUUUAAGUACAUCUAUCUGUGACGCGAUGCAACAGCGUAAUCGUUCCGGGUUUAGCGAAAUGGACGAAAUUACAGUUCAAAAAGUUGUCGCCGCAGCAGGUAUUUGGAAAUCCGCUGCUUAUUGCGUACUCAUCACAGUUUUGCUACCAUUAUUUGGAUCUUGGAGUGACCGCAAUAAAACUGUAAAGAUUUUAAUCCUACUGCCUAUUCUAGGCGAAAUUGUAGCAAAUAUCGGUCUGAUAUUAUGCACUUACUUUUACUACGAAUGGCCCAUGGAAGUGAAUUCAAUAUUUGAAAUUCUGCCCACUGCAAUAACUGGAGGUAUUCCUUUGGCACUUGCUGGUGUUUUCACCUACAUGUCGAGCAACACUACCAAUGAAAACAGAACUUUUAGGUUGGGAAUUAUACACACUUUGGUUGUCAUAUGCAAAACAAUAGGAGGUACACUAAGCGGGGUACUGUACCAGUUAGUCGGAUUGUAUGGAGUAUUUUCCGUUACCUUAGCUUUGUACGUUCUCGGCGCAGUAUACACACAGUUUAUGUUACCCAGUUGUACAAGUACAAAGGACCAGAAGAGAUCUCUGAAUAAAUGCGAGCUAAUUGUAGACGUUGUAAAUGUCAAAAAGACUGUUGGAAGCUUCAGCUUUAUCGCCACAGAGGGCAGCGGGAUUCAAAGGAGGCAACUAUAUGCCAUCCUUUUUUUGGAUUUUAUAAUUGUAGGACCAUUUGUAGGUCAAGCGUCAGUCAUGUACUUAUAUACGAGGCUUCGGUUUAAUUGGGACGCAAUGGACUAUAGCGUAUUUGGAGCUUAUUCUGCAGUGUGUCAUCUUAUUGGAAACGUGGGUUCCAUCGUUAUUUUCUCAAAGCUGCUAAAAGCCGACGACUCGAUACUGGGAGGUGUUUCAAGUAUGAGCAGAAUAUUGGGUGGAAUUGGAUAUGCUUUAUCACCUACAGUCAUUUGGUUUUAUGCGUGCACACUUCUUGACGUAGUUAACGGAACGGCAUUCAUUGUGUCCCGGUCCAUGGCCACCAAACUUGUUACAGAGAGCAAUAUGGGUAAAGUAAACUCCUUGUUUGGAGUGAUAGAAGCCUUGUCGGCGUUGGCUUGCACACCGGCGUACAGUGCAUUUUAUAGGGUUACCAUUGAGAUAUUUCCAGGGGCGUUUAAUAUCUUAGGAGUUAUUGUUACCUUACCUGCAAUACUAAUAUACAUUUGGUUGUACAUAAGAAGGGAUGUUCGAGCUUGAAACUAGCCAUUCGACGGAUGACGAUUUAGCGUUGUACACUAGACAUAGAAUGAUAAGCGCAAUUGAGAUGUAGGCCUUUGCACAUCCAGAUGUAUUUAAACAAGCCUUCGAAACUAGACUUAUGCAAAACCACCCCCUAUGCAAAUAGCAAUGCAUUUUAGUAAUAAACCGAUACAACUGAAUAUCGAAGGAUUUUCAGUAUUACAAUCAC